AUGGAUUUUCAAGAUCGCCUAUCAGGAACUCCUCUUUAUGCCCACGAAUCCCUAGAAGAGCUCUAUCAGAAUAUAGAUCAAGAAGUACUAAAAACAUCAAUGGAAGCAGGAUCUUCAAAAUCAUACUCUCAAGCAGGUCAAAGAACAAAAAAAUCAGUCAGGCCAGGCAUUCGAACCCUUCAAAGCAAGUACUUAUCAAAGCGUCAUCGCUUCUUCAAAGCAGCAGUCAGAGAAGAAUGUGUUGAACAAGCCCUUGAAAUAAUUGAGCACAAACUAAAAGAACUAGUUGAGCAAUAUAAUGGAGAUCUGCAUGUAUGCAAGGUAUCAGGAAACAGUGAUAUUACAGCAUAUUUUAUAGUUAACGAUGAAGUGACUAGUAACAUCUGGGCAAAAGAAUUAGAAGAUGUAAUUGCUGGGUAUUUGAAACCAGGGACAAAACCAUCAUUACUUGAAAUGAUGAAUUUGAAAGAAUAA